ACAUCCGUCAUCCGCCGCCAUUUGCGAAAGGUAGAUCGCUGCUCCGCAGCGCGAGUGUCAUCGUUUUGAGUAUGACGAGUGUUUAAUUUGUUAUUUUCAAUAAAACUGUGAACUCAGUGCUGGUAUUUAAUCAGCUAAAAUGAUUGUGAGAGUUUUGAGCAUUUUGUGGGUCGGAGUUUUGGUGGCUUCGGUGCACAAUGUUGAAGGAAGCGACGACAAUGAAGAUACCCCGUACUUGGAGCUGGCGGAGCCUGAAGAGGGCUACCACGGGCUGAUCCGGGAGAACGAGACCCUGGUCGAGGUGACGCCGCCGAUCAGAGCGAGAGGGCCGCUGUGCUCCUUCCUCAUCCUGAACAACAAGCAUCAUGGCGAAGCUCCUUUUGAGAUAAUGGUGAUCGACGAGAACGAGGCCCGCCUUCGCGUGCGGUUCCCGCUCAACUGCGAGAAGAGGCGGAACUACAAGUUUGACAUCGCUGCCGUAGGCUGCGACGGCUCCUAUUCUAAUACCGUCCCAGUACACAUAACAGUGACAGACGUGAACGAGUUCGCGCCGGUGUUCAGCCAAGCUUCCUACGUGAAAUCCGUGGACGAAGGCCGGGUGUACGACGAGGUGCUCCGCGUGGAGGCCACGGACAAGGACUGCACGCCCAGGUUCGGCGACGUCUGCAAGUACGAGAUACUCACUGACAGGAGCCAGCCCUUCACCAUAGAUAACGAAGGUGUGAUCCGCAACACCGAGCCCCUGGACUAUGAGAAGUCUCACAACCAUAUCCUGUCUGUGGUGGCGUACGACUGCGGCAUGAUGCAAUCAGCGCCCGUCAUGGUCACCAUCAAGGUCAACAAGCCCUGCAGAGCCGGGUGGAAGGGAGUGGCAGAACGCGUAGACUACGCUCCAGGCACGGGUCCGCUGGCUCUGUUCCCGGCUGCUCGUCUGGAGGCCUGCACUUCGGACGAGCGUUGUCCGGGAAUCACCAGGAUACAGGCGGCUGUGACCCUCCAGGCUUCUCAUCAAGGAACAGGAUGCGAUAGGGAUACGUACUCUCUUCAUUCUCAACGGACCAUUUGUGGAUUGGACCCGAAAACCGUCGACUUGCUGCCCAGCCCCGGAGCCGGCAAUGAGUGGACCAAGUCUCUCAAGCCCGAUUCAGGCCGCGACGGUGAACAGAUGUUCGAAUUCGACGGCGAGACAACUUCAGCCAUCGUACCGGAGUCAGUUCUGCCUCACUCAUUGGGUGGAAUCUUCGCAGUUUCCGUAUGGAUGAGACACGCGCCUUCUCCGGACCAGGACAAACACCGCAAGGAACAUAUUUUGUGCCUCGCGGACGACCACAAAAUGAACCGCCAUCACUACGCUCUGUUCGUUCGCAACUGCCGCCUGAUCCUGUUGCUGAGGAGGGACUUCGGGGACGGAGACCUCAACAUCUUCAGACCCGCCGAGUGGAGGUGGAAGAUCCCGGAGGUGUGCGACAAUGAAUGGCAUCACUAUGCUAUAAACGUUCGUUUCCCCAAUGUCGACCUGUUUGUUGACGGAGAGCCUUACCACGCGGAUGGCAAGGGCCCCGAGGUUAUCGACGACUGGCCUUUACACCCGGCACAAGGAGUCAAUACCACUAUGGUCGUAGGCGCUUGCUGGCAAGGCACGGAGAGCGACAUGAAGCACCACCUGCGCGGAUGGCUGGCGGGGCUGGGCGCGGCUGUGAGCGGAGCUCAGCCUGCGCAUGCGCUGCGCUGCGUGGCGCGCUGUCGCGAGGGUCUGAGUCUCGCGCCCGACCUCUACCUGCGCUCGGUGGCGGUGGAGGGCGACGGAGUGGCGGACGUGGAGACGCUGCUGCGGCGCGUGGCGUACGGCGACGCCCGCGCCUUCCCCACGCCCGGCCGCAGGAACGUGCACGUGGCCACCACCGUCACCUGCGACAACGGCCGCGUGCUGAGCGCCCGCCCCGCCGACUCCUACGUCAUGGUGCUCCAGCCGCAGACGCCGACGAUAUUGCUCAACGGAUCGGCCGAUGCGGCGAAGGAUUACGCUCAUUUCCGAGCUGGAUUGAAGGUGUUCCCGGAUUUGGGGGUUAACAUCGUGGCGGGGGAUUCGGAGGCCGCUCAAAGACUGGACUCGUGCGUGGUGUCGGUGUACCCGGCGCUGAACCCGGACCACGAGGCGCUGUCGCUGCGCGAGGCGGCGUCGCUGCCGCUGCAGUACGACAUCCGCGCCGCGGUCACCCGGGACGGCGUCAUCCUCACCGGGGCUGACUCCGUUCACAAUUACCAGAAGGUCCUCCGCGAGAUCGAGUACAGCAACAAGAAGCCCGCGUACUACCUCAACCGCGUGUUCAAGCUGACCUGCUCAGAGCUCAACGGCAGGUUCACCAGCAACGAAUACGUUCAGACUCUGACGGUGGUGCACCCGCACAUGUCCGGCGAGACGCUGUCCCGCGAGCGACACCCCAGCGGCGUGGCUGACAAGGUGGACGUCGUCCGGGACAAGCAGCCUCUGCACGCGCACGCGCACGAGCCGCAGUCGCCGCGCGUGUUCGCGGCGCACGCGCAGCGCUCGCCGCACUCCGCUGACAUUCCUGCGCCGCGCGUGCUGGACCUGCGUGCAGACUCUGCGGAGCCCACCAACCACGUGGCCCUCCUGAUCGGCGUGAUCUCGUGCGGCGUGGUGGUGGCGCUGGCGGCGGUGGGCGUGGCCCGGCUGCGGCCCCGUCUACCCCGCCCCGCCCGCCUCCCGCCCGCCCCCGCCGACGCUGAGAUGGCCUGGGACGACUCCGCGCUCACCAUCACUGUCAAUCCUAUGGAUGAGACGGCGCCGACGUGCGGCGCCCACGAGGAGUCGUCGGGCUCCUCGUGCUCCGACUCUGACUCCGACCGACACGACUCCUCCGAUGAGGACGACGACGGACACGACCAGAGAGUGUUGUCAGGCAAGCAGCACAAGUACCGGAACAUCAGCCAGCUAGAGUGGGACAACACCACGAUGUAAACUAGCUCUGUCUCGCUCGCACGCCGCACGCACACAUGCCGUCUCGCUCGCACACCGCCCCGCGUUCCCAAACUAAGUUUAUGCGACACAGUGUGUGAUUCUCACUUUUGCAAGUCUCGAAUUAUUAAUUAGUGUGAUAAAUAUAUUGUUUCAAAAUAAAUGUAAUUUAGAAUCUUGGGAUAAAAUAACUACGUACCUACAUUGAAAAUAUGAAGAAAACUGGGAACAUUUUUUUUUAUGUUAUUCGUAUUUUUUAAAGAAAGUAAGUGAUCGUAAAAUAUAUAACUAUUACUUUAGCUGUACUAAUGAAUUGUAUCAUUCGUUCGAGGAAAAAAAUAUAUAAAAUAGAAAAAUGUAACAAAACGCUAGAAGAAAUGGAACAAGACACGAUGAUUGAUCAGUAGUAAAAUAUUUAAUUUCCCAAAUAUAUCUGUUUUAGUGUAUUGAAAAUAUUAUAACUAGUUUAAAUCAAUAUUUAAAAAAAAUAGACAUAAGAAAGAAGAAAGUUAAGUUAAAUGUAAAUACCACAAAUAAAGGUGUGAACACACUGUGUUGUAUAAAUUCAGCCGAAUUCAGGUGACCUUGGUCUGGACUAUGUACUUAAUGCUAAUCCUGUGAUUUCAUGUUAUGGCAGCUUUGGUAGCAAAUCGUGUCACUAUUGAUUUUUUACUAUAAGUUGAUUAAUUAAUACUGGGUGCCGGAGCCAUUAGCAUAUUUUUUUUCCUGUAAAAAUUUAUAUGAAGUUUAAAAUAUUGUCAGAAAAAAGGUAUGUAUGACACAUAUUUCGCAUGUUAAUGUAUCCAUUGUAAACCCAGCUUUUAGUUAAUUGUACUCAGAACAAUUAUGUACAGUCUGUCAAAAAUGUGACGAAAAGGUAUUUUUAAUGAAUUACAUGUUAUGCCAUUGUAGGUAAUACAAUGGUCAAGAUUGGUUUCUGAACCAAUGUCGCCGCACGCCCAGGGCUUUACCAGCCCGCAGGAGGCAGCGCCCUCAAUUAUUUUCAUCACUUUCUUGACAAACUGUAAAAAGACCUAUUUUAAUCGCAUCGCUUUAAUUGGAGAUAUAAUUUAUAAUAAUCAGAACUGCAGAAUAUUGUCCCAAAAUCUAAAUAUAAAGGGGAGCAAUUUUAAAUUUUAGUGCAGAGUUUUAAGGCCUAUAUUGGCUUGUCACACGGAAUGCGGCGGUACUUCUUCAUGGAAUUGAUUUUUUACAGUGCAUUCGGAGACGUUAACGACAUAUGAAGAUAUAUAUGACCAUAUAUACUAUUUCUUUCUUUUAAAAAUACUUUUGCUGAAAUUAUUUUUUUGCAGUUUUUAUCUAUUAAUCAGCUGCGCAAGAUCUGUAUACUUGAAAUAGUCUAUUCGUACUACACCCACUAAAAUAAUGUCUCUCAUAUUGGACGUAUUUUCAAAAUGGUCGUGUUUAUUUUUGUCUGUGGUUUCCUACGAUACGAUUGCUUCAGCACAAAUCGCGGCACAAGACUGCGGCCGGCGCGGGGUACUAAAUGUCAAAAAACGCGGGAAACUUAUAUCUGUCCUUUACUAUUCUACGACUUAUGAAAAGGACAGGCAUUGUUGUCUAUUCAUGGAAUUGAAAUUUGUUGUAACUAAAUAUUCUUUUAGAAUUAAUUAUUUAUUUAAGUUUGUUUUAAAUUUCUUUAGCUAAAAUGAAGCGGUGUGGUGACUUAAGAUCCCGCGUGUUUUGCGGCCCGACGCCGGCGCACAUUUUAUUUCUAGUAUAUCUUAAGGUCUCAAAAUUGAUCAUAUCAAAUCUUUAUACGUAAAAGAUAUAAUUUCCCGCUUGCUUUGGUAGGAAUUUCUCCUUGUUCUAACUAGAGGUCGCUCUUCAACACUUUUCUAUACGUUUCUAAGGAAAACCUAUGUAAAUCGUAGAUCAUAUUUGGUAUGGAAUCGGAUAAGAAGUAGUAUGUAAGGUAACACUACCAUCGUGUACGACGUGGACACGCGGCUUCAUCGUUACCCGCUGUACUUUGCUAAGCACAAGUUCUGAAUAGUGUGGCGCCCUCUAUAAUUAAUGCAUUUUUUGUAUUUGUGUAUAAGUAUACCUUUUUAAGCUAUGGCGUCACAUUGAUUACUGUUGUCAGUACAAAUGGAGCAUUUUGAUUUUAAACAGCAUUUAUUUUUGUACAAAUUUCGUUCGUUCCGUAGAGUAAUUUUGUCGCCAGACAAAAAAAAAUGUCCAAAAUCUUCUACCCUUUAUGAGCUUCUCAAUCGAACGGCUUAAAUGUAUAUUAGGCACAGAGUUAUUUGAAAAAAAAAAUAGAUGUACGAUAUUAUACACAUUAUACAGAUGGUAUCGGGUUAGGAUCAGCUACUAUAUAAUUAUAUAUAUAUUUUGAAUGCGUUAAGGGAUUUUUACUAACAAUUAGGUAGUAAGGGCGUCGGCGAGCCCGUAGUGUAAGUGUAGGUAGGUUUUUAUUUCUCCGUUUUCUCCGCUUGAAGCGCGCGAGCGCUCGGGUCGCGUUAUUGCUAGUGUUGGGAAACACUCGACGCUUUUGAGUCGUUUUAUUUUGACUCUAGUCUCGAAACUUGCGAGACUGAAUUUGAGAGACAGGAAAAAUGCAUAAAAGUGUAAGAGUUAUAAGAUAUUAAAAAUAUAUUGACUUAAUAUACGUCAUAAUUUAUGAGAACAGACAACAAUAAUUUGAAUUCAAAAUACAAAGUCUCGAAGUCGAGUCUUUCGCAACACACAUUAUUGCAUAUCAUGGACAGUUUGCCAUAUUAGCAUAGAAUUAUGUGUGUAAGUGGACACUGACUAAACCGUUAAGCAAUCGUUGUGGACAUAAUCAUUGAUGUAAUCCGUCUUUAGAGUUGUCAAGUGUUGUUCGUUUCGUCGUCAUCGUCACUCGACGCCCUGGUUUGGACUGCCCGUGUUUCUGCACGAUCUUUUUUUGUUUUACCCCGCUGACGGCGUCACUAUUUUGACAGCUGUCACAGAUGAAAGCGAGAUUUGUAGAGAUAUUAUACUCUGCCGAAAUUAAUGAAGAAAAAUAAUUGAUAAUAAAGUAUAUUGUACUAUUAUUAUUUGUAUGUCUCUCAUGCUUCAGAUAUAGCGAGUGAAAGACUAGAAAAGGAUGAAGUAAUGUAAAUUUUCUGUUGUAAAUUUUCAAAAAAUAACAAAGAAAAUGUAAAUGUCAACGGUGACAGCUGUCAAAAACAUUGGCGUGUAUCUUGGGGUAGAGUUGAGUGUUUAGGGAGCCACUGGAUUGAAGAAUUUCCGAUUAGUAAAAGAACAAAAUUAGUGCCAUCUGAGAAAUCUCGCUGGUUGUUUUCACGAAGCGUUUCAAAUCCCUGGACACAAACUCGCCGUUGAAUUUCUAUUAUAUGUCCUGUUGUAGCGUUGUGUUUAUUCGUUUUACUCGACUACCGUCCAACCCGUUUGCUUAUUUACUUUGUAAUAAUCAUAUUUCCGCGUGUCACGCUAUAUGUGUUUGUAUAUUGACAGCUUAUUGCUGUAUUAUCAUGAAAUAAAAUAUAUAAUAUCGUUAUCAACUUUCGACAGCUGGACUAUCAAUAUUCGAUAAUUACUAAAUGAACACAUAUAGUGGAAAAUAUGUAACCUCUUAAAAAUAUACAUGUUUUUUAUUUGUUGACAAGGUUCGAAUCCCCAGCCAUUUGGUUCGAUUCACCACAGUGUAUUGAGUAUGGUAGCUAUUUUUCUGUAUUAUUUUUUUAUAUUGUAUUAUUCAUUUUAUUUUUCUUUUGUAUUAUCGAGGUAUUAUUACUGUAAACUUAGGGAACUUCUUUGAUGUAUGAAUUAUUAUAUUUUAGCUAAAAAUAAAGUUGGUUUAAAAUA